AUGCUGCUCUGUGACAUUUUAUUUGAAACUCCAGUCACAGACGUUGUAGACCUAAGACUGCAGUAGGACCGAAACAGUUUUUCCAUGUGCUUUCAUGUGACAGGAAAAAGAGCAAGACAUUUCAUGAAAAUUUUCUGGAUUUUUAGAGCAGCCAUGGCAGCUGAAUUGGAUGUAGUGAACCUGUUCUUCAUUGCUGGAGCAACACUGGCUAUUCCUAUCCUGGGUUUUCUGGCUUCCUUCCUUCUUUGGCCAUCUGUACUCAUUAAAGUGUAUUACUGGUACUGGAGAAGGACUUUGGGCCUGCAGGUUCGCUAUGCAGACUGUGGCGGUUAUCGCUUCUGCUACUCCUACAGAGGAAAACCUGGGAUGAGACCCUCCAUCCUGAUGCUUCACGGCUUCUCUGCUCACAAAGACAUGUGGCUGACUGUUGUCAAGUAUUUGCCAAAGCACCUGCACAUUGUGUGCGUGGACAUGCCUGGUCACGAGGGGACGACACGCACCAACACUGAGGAUUACUCCAUUCAGGGGCAGGUCAGAAGGAUCCAUCAGUUUGUAGGCAGCAUUCACUUAAACAGAAAAGCUUUCCAUCUGGUGGGAACCUCCAUGGGGGGAAAUGUUGCUGGGGUUUAUGCAGCCUGCUAUCCCUCGGAAAUCUGCAGCAUGACUCUCAUCUGUCCCGAUGGAAUCAGACAUCCAUGUGAGACCAAAUUUGACAAUCACCUUCAGGAUCUGGAACACAGCAACUUCGCACUGAACAUCCCCCUGAUUCCAACUACACCAGACGAGAUGGAGGACAUGUUCAAACUCUGUUCUCACGUUCGCUUUAAAAUUCCUCAGCAGAUUCUUCAGGGACUGGUUGAUGUGCGAGAACCUCACAACGCCUUUUAUGAAGAAGUUUUUAUGGAGAUCAUCGGUGAGAAAUCAAGAUAUGCCUUAAUGGAGCAUUUGCAUCUCAUUACUUCACCUUUGCAAGUGAUUUGGGGCAAAAAAGAUCAGGUGGUGGAUGUCUCUGGAGCUACAGUCAUUGCUGAGUUGGUGCCUGGAUGCAAGGUGGACUUGCUGGACAACUGUGGUCAUUCUGUGGUGAUGGAGAAGCCGUGUCGGACAGCCAAACUAAUUCUGGAGUUUAUUAUCUUGCAGCAAAAUGCCAGGAGUGGCACAAAGAAGUCUUCUUGAAUAUUUAAGAUUUCCAUUACUGUGUCACAGUUUUAUAAACACAUGGCCCAAAAUGCAAGAAUUACAAUGUAG